AUGUCGAGUCGUCCCAUGAACGACGAUGAGGUGCUCUCCGAGAUGAAGAAGAUGGUCGCAUUCAUCAAGCAGGAGGCGGUGGAAAAGGCACGCGAGAUCCAGAUCAAGGCCGACGAGGAAUUCGCCAUCGAAAAGGCCAAGAUCGUGCGUCAGGAGGCUAUCAACAUCGACUCGCAGUACGACAAGAAGAUCAAGCAGGCCGAAGUGUCGCAAAAGAUUGCCCAGUCGAACCAGACCAACAAGUCGCGUUUGAAGAUCCUCCAGACGCGCGAACAGCACCUGCAGUCUCUCUUUGACGCCACACGCGACAAGCUGGAUGGCAUCGCCAAGGACCAGGAAAAGUACAAGACGCUUCUGUCCCAGCUCAUCCUACAGGGCUUGCUUCAACUGAUGGAGUCCAAGGUGACGGUCACGGUCAAGUCGAGCGACGUGCAGCUCGCACAGGAAGCGGCCAAGCAGGCCGAGAGCGACUUCAAGUCCAAGGCGGGCAAGUCGACCAGCGUGACUGUGCAGGAGGGUCUGAGCAAGGACUGCGCGGGCGGCGUGAUGCUGGCGGGCUUUGGCGGCAAGAUCACCAUCAACAACACGCUCGACGAGCGUCUGCGUCUGCUCGAAGACCGCAUGCUCCCCGAAAUCCGACUCGACCUCUUCGGGCCCAACCAGAACCGAAAGUUCAACACUUAG